CAAAGAACACACCUGCUCAGGAGCUCUUGGCUACAUGGAUUUCUUUGACAGGAGCUGGUUUGAAAAACAAGGCCUUGCUGAACGAGGGGUGCACUGAGAAGAAUCAUCUGACAUUGGAAACAUUUUUUUUUUUGGGGUCAAACAGAUUCAUCCUGUGCAGCCAUGAUUGGUGUGGACUUGCGGGCGCUCACUCAGCCAGUGGGCAUCAUGCGAAUAAUGGCGGCCAUCCUCACCUGUAUGUGUUUUAGCCUGGUGGCAACAGUGGGCUACGUACAGUCUCCCUACUGGGCGUGGUGCAUGUUCACCUGGUGUUUCUGCUUCUUCUUCACCCUUCUCAUUCUCAUCCUGGAGUUCACAACUGUCAACGCCAAAUUACCUUUUGCCUGGGACGAUUUCACCACUGGCUUUGCCAUGCUGUCAACUCUCAUGUGUCUUUCCGUCUCCAUCAUAUACCCCACAUUUUUCACUUGCAAGACCUGCCACCGCCAGAUCGGAGCCUCUGUUGUGUCCUGGGUUUGUUUCGGGGUGUACGCAGGCGAGGUGGUUUUAACUCGCCUUCGUCCAAGCGGGCAGAACAUCGGGUUCCUCUCCACGUUGCCCGGCAUCAUGAAGAUGCUGGAGACGUUCCUCGCCUGUCUCAUCUUCAUGUCCCUGGAGACAGGACAGUAUUCAAGCUCCCCAGGACUGCAGUGGUGCGUGGCCGCGUACUCCUUGUGCUUCAUCUUCGCCCUCCUCAUAAUCCUGAUCACCACUGCACAGCUGACCUCUUUUGUUCCGUACUUUGACAAAGUUGUGAUUGUCUAUAACAUUUUGGCAGCGGUGAUGUAUACAACAGCAAUGGUGAUCUGGCCACUGUACAGUUUCCGCAAUAAUAAGAGACCCAUUACCUGUGCCUCCCUCUGUCCCUGGGAUAAACUGGUGGUGGUCACCUUCAUGACGAUAUUCAACGUCAUUGUUUACACCCUGGACACAGUUUACUCCAUACGCCUUGUGUUCUUUGUAAGCAAUGAGUGAAGCUGCUGCCUCUCAACGUGAACUGAAAACAAUCCAGGGAUUUAUAGAUGUACUGUUCUUUUACACACAAUGCUGAAUGCAAUACAUAUAUUCUGCUAAAGAUGAGUGAUUAAAUGAACAGCAUGUUUGGUGCCCUGUAUACUAUGUGGAGUUAGUUAAUGAUUAAAACUAUUAUAUCACUGUUGUAAAAAAUAAAAUUAGCCUGGUAGAACUUUGGAUCCUGAUGUAAAUCAAAUAGUGCAGGUCAUAAUUUUGAGCUCCUACUUUAGUUUUUAUAACACUGAGUCACAGUCAAAUAAGGCCACAUGUCAAUCUAUGUCUACACUUAAAUGAUUGUGAUGUCAUCAUUCGUGGGUGGCCUGCUGAUUAAAGGCAUAGCGGCUUGUUAAAAAUACUUGUAGAGUAGAUUGAUAGCACCCUCAUAAUCAUCUAAUAUAAUGCUCCACAAAAAAGAAAUUAAAAUGUACUAUUUCUUUAUUCGUAAAAUCAUUUUCUGGUAAAGUAAAUGCCUACAGAUAACAAUUAGUUUAACAUGAUGCAUGAACAGUGACAAGCAGUGCGUCCAUUGAAAGAUGCAACGGGAAGAGAAGAGGAAGAGAAACAGGUAGAGGCGAGACAGCGAGAUAUUUCCACGUUGAAGCGAUGUGUGGGAAAAGUGGAAGAGAAAACCCUUUAAUUAACAGCUAACUUUUUUCAAGGUGUUAUCUUUCUUUUUUUCUUAUUUAGCUUCUUUUCUUGCUCAAAGUUGUGGUGGGUAGGAACGGAAAGCUACAAAAAGUAUGACGUCAAUUCAUUAUUUUCCUUUUUUAACCAAUAGGAAGUCUAAAAAGACAUCAACCAAAUCUCACUUGUAAUCCUGCAGCCUUUGUGCUACCUGGCACACCAAUCCGUGUGAGUGAUCUGGACUCAAAAGGAGCAACCGGAGCGUGGAAAUGUAGCUUUUCUUCUCAUGUCAGUCUGUCAGAAAGAGAGAGCUUUUUUAAGUCAAUUGUCUGUUUCUGUCAGACACAGAGGCAUGCACAAUCAGCUUUCAUUUAGAUUGCACAAGAGACAAAAAUGCAUUAAACAGAGUGUUUUCGUCUACAUAAAACUGAAUAAAUAUGGUGGCAAUUUAAACUGGGCUGCAGCUACAGAUCAGUUGUAAGAAUUACAUUUGUUCAUGAAAUCUAAGCUUGUACUUUAGAAAGGAUCUCCUGGACUCAGCAGUGGGAAAGUGUUUCUGUGCUGUAUGUUCAUUAAAUCAAUGACAUUCCUCCAACCUGCUCUGACUCUGUUAUCUGAGGGGAGUGUGUCAAACACUAUUGACAAUCAUUGACAGGUUCAGUCAUUAAGUGCAGUUUAAACUAAAUCAAUGAUUGUAAUUAAUGGCAUUGGCAAAACUUAUCUUGUAACUCAUUUACUUUGAUUCUCCCCAAGAAGGAAUUUUAGGGAACGCAGCUGUAAGGACAUGUUUAAGGGAUUCUUAGUGUACAGUAUUUUUAAGCAACAAUAAUCGUUGACCCUUAAUGUGUUUAUAUGUU